GAGUAAGAUCCAACAUGUUAUCGCGCCUAUUCUUAGCCCAGGGGAGGUUCUGUUCCUCGCACCCCUGGGAAGUGAUCGUCUGUACCCUCACCCUAACCAUCUGUAUGCUCUCCAUGAACUACUUCACCGGUCUGCCAAGGAUAUGCGGAUGGAACUACGAAUGUGCACCACAAGUUAAGGAAUCAUCACUUUCUUCUGAUGUGCUCGUCAUGUGUAUCAUGAGAACAUUAGCUGUGGCUUAUCUCUACCUCCAGUUUACUAAGCUGAGAACCACAGGGUCUAAAUACAUUCUAGGUAUUGCUGGUCUGUUUACCAUCUUCUCCAGUUUUCUGUUCAGCAGUGCUGUAAUUCACCUGUUUGGAUUGGAACUCACAGGCUUGAAUGAGGCUCUCCCAUUCUUCUUGCUCCUCAUCGACCUGACCAAGGCCAGCGCUCUCACCAAGUUUGCCCUGAGUAGCACCACUCAGAAUGAGGUGGUGGACAACAUCGCCCGCGGUAUGGCCAUUCUUGGACCCACCAUCACACUGGACACUGUAGUGACCACCUUGGUCAUCAGCAUCGGAACCAUGUCAGGCAUCCGGAAGAUGGAAGUUUUCUGCUGCUUCGGCAUCCUCUCCCUCAUCGCCAACUAUUUUGUUUUCAUGACCUUCUUCCCAGCUUGUCUCUCUCUCGUUCUUGAGCUGUCAAACAGCAACAAGUAUGGCCGACCCGUGUGGCAUCUUGGACGCUUUGCCGAGGUACUGGAGGAAGAAGAGGACAGGAAACCCAAUCCUGUGGUCCAGCGGGUCAAGAUGAUCAUGGCCACUGGACUGGUACUAGUUCACGCUCACAGCUACUGGCUUGCUAGUAACGACACGGAACUGAUGAGUCGAGAUAUGCUCUACGAUGGAAACCUACUCACAGACAAGAAGAUUGAUCCUACCAUGCCUCUAUGGGAGUUCUACGCGACAAGACUAUGGCCUCCCACCCUGGAUUACAUCCUCACUGCUAUCCUAGCAACUGUCCUAGCAAGCCACUACAUCUUCUUCUCUGACUUGGCCAUCUACCCAGAGAAGCGGGUCAGCAUCAUGGAAGGUCAUGAGGUCGUCAACCCUGGAUCCGAUCACGAAGAUGCAUCUGAAGUUGAGACUAUUGGCACACUCUCCUCCUCUCCCUCAACCAGCGAUGUGAGGGUCAUUGAAUCAAUGACCUCUCGCACCCAGGCCUGCCAGACCGACCCGGUGACCGCCUCGCCACGUCAUAGCCGUUCGUCAUCCCCUGUAUCAUCGCACUCUGUUAAACCUGCCAGAUUCACUAUUGGUUCAUCAGGAAGUGGUUCUGAAGAUGAGGAGGAGGAGGUUAUCAAGGAGGAAGAAGUGGAGUGGGUCCUAGAGAAGGAACUUAAGGCUCCCAGACCCAUGCCAGAACUACUGGAGAUCCUUAAUGUUGGGAAAGGACCAAAUGCCCUGACCGAUGAUGAGGUUCAGCUCUUGGUCGGUGCUAAACACAUUCCUGCAUACAAGCUGGAGAAUAUCCUGGAUAACCCUGAGAGGGGCGUGGCGGUCAGGAGGCAGAUCAUCUCCAAGCUUCUUCCAAUUACUGAUGCACUGGAGAAACUACCCUACGCAAGCUAUGACUAUUCAUUUGUAUCCGGAGCAUGCUGUGAGAAUGUGAUCGGUUACAUGCCUGUACCAGUGGGCGUGGCUGGACCCCUCCUCCUGGACGGACAAGAGUUUCAGGUUCCCAUGGCAACCACGGAAGGAUGCUUGGUGGCAAGUACAAACAGAGGAUGCAGAGCUCUUAGAUCUGCUGGUGGUAUUCACAGUGUCCUGAUCGGUGAUGGCAUGACUAGAGGACCAUUGGUCAGAUUACCAAGUGCACAGGAGGCAGGAGCUAUCAAACAAUGGUUGGAGGUCCCAGAAAACUUUGCAGCGAUCAAGGAAAGGUUUGAGUCGACGAGCCGCUUCGCCAAGCUGAAGAGUAUCCAGACAGCGCUGGCUGGUCGCUACAUGUUCCUCAGGUUUAAAGCACUGACUGGGGAUGCUAUGGGCAUGAACAUGAUAUCCAAGGGCACAGAGCAAGCACUCCAUGCUCUGCAGACCAUGUUCCCCAACAUAGAAAUCAUGAGCUUGAGUGGAAACUACUGCACAGACAAGAAGGUAGCAGCGAUUAACUGGAUCGAAGGAAGAGGAAAGUCAGUCGUCUGUGAAGCCACUGUCCCAGCACACAUUGUCCAGCAGGUUUUGAAGACCAGUGCAUCAGCUUUAGUGGACCUCAACAUCCACAAGAACCUCGUAGGCUCAGCCAUGGCUGGCAGUAUAGGAGGCUUCAAUGCACAUGCAGCUAAUAUCGUCACCGCCAUCUACAUUGCAACUGGACAGGAUGCAGCCCAGAACAUUGCCAGUUCUAACUGCAUGACCCUGAUGGAGACCAGAGGACCUAAAGGUGAAGAUCUGUACCUGAGCUGUACCAUGCCAUCCAUUGAGCUAGGAACGGUAGGAGGAGGUACCGUCUUACCCCCUCAGUCAGCUUGCCUUCAGAUGAUGGAUGUGAAAGGGUCCAACAUCCAUGGUUCGGGACUGAAUGCCUCUCAGCUGGCUAGGAUCGUCUGCGCUACAGUCAUGGCCGGUGAACUCUCACUCAUGUCAGCUCUUGCAGCUGGUCACCUUGUCAAAAGCCACAUGAAACAUAACAGAUCUGCCCUGAACAUUGCCAGUCCUCUUCCAUCCAUCGAUGAGGUUGCUACACACAGGAGAAGUAAGUCGGUAGACUUCUCAGCGCUCAAAGAAUCAUCAUCAGCGCCAGGGACAUGCACAGCUAAUGCAUCAUGACAACUUUGCAGCUAAAACCCCCCCCCCCCAAAGAGAAAUGUUGGUCACCAUUCUUGUAUUAUAGCAAUGCACAGAAAAGUGGACGAUUGCACAAUAACUGUGAUGAGCAAGUAGAGGAGUCAUGCAGUUUUGUCUUUU